UAUCUUCUCUCAAGUCUUCACUGGCUUUGCACUGGGAGACGGAUCGUGAUUGUUGCACCUCAGCCCGUGAUUUCCGGUUCCCUUUGUGUCAGGGGCACAUUGACUCAUCUUCCGCGUGGUUGCAUUUUCCGUUCUUCCACCUGGGCAAACUUUUCCCCUCUCCUGUUUUCCUUUCCCACCACCCCUUCACACCACCAUGGACUCCACAAGGCUUUUCCUGCGACUGCGGAAUUUGUACCCCAAGUCGGGGAUGCAGCACGGUCUUCGGGCCAGCGCUCCUCUUCCUUCCAUCCGUCUCUCCCCUGACCACCCAGGGACAAGCCCAUCUCGACAAACCGCCCGCUUUUCGACCACCAGGCCAACGGCAUGUGCUAAUCUUGCCUCUCACUCUUCAGACCGAUUUACCUCUGCUCUGCAUCAGAACAAGGACUGGGCAGCGCAGAUUGCCAAGGAGGAUCCUUCCCUGUUCCCGACGCUCGCGAACGGUCAGCAUCCUGAGAUCCUCUGGAUUGGCUGCUCCGACUCGCGAUGCCCCGAGACCACUCUUCUUGGCCUCAAGCCGGGUGACGUGUUCGUCCACCGCAACAUCGCCAACAUCAUCCACGCGGGCGAUCUCAGCUCCUCUGCUGUCAUCGAGUAUGCCGUCCGCCACCUGCGCGUCAAGCACGUAGUCCUCUCGGGCCAUACCAGCUGCGGAGGCGUUGCCGCCGCUUUGGGCAACAAGCAGCUGGGUAUCUUGGAUCCCUGGCUGCUACCUCUGCGUCAGAUCCGGUCGCAAAACCUGGCUCUGCUGAAUUCGCUGUCGCCCGAGGCGGCCAACCUUAAGCUGGUGGAGUUGAACGUCCUAGAGGGCGUCAAGCUGUUGAAGGAGAAGAAUGUGGUGUUGGAGGCGAUACAUGAGCGGGGGCUUCAGAUCCACGGGUUGAUUUAUGACGUUGCGAGCGGUGUGCUUCGGGAGUUGGACACCAACGAGUCGGAGGAGGCCAUCAAGGCACGUCUCACCUCGUUCAAGACCGACACCUAGGGGGUAGUUGUGUGUGUCUCUGUGUGUGUGGUUUUUGUUGUCGUUUAGUUUCCGAUUUCAGCGAACAGCGAAUGUUGAUGUGUUUUGUGCUUCGGUCCUGUCUGCCAACCCUUAUCUUUUCAGUAACGAACUGGCUUAAUGAGCAGCAUCCUCUUAACCUCAACCCUCCAAGAACA